AUGUCCUUCUCCAAAAGAACCCGAAUUUCUCGCCAUAUAACGCAAAUUGAGCUGUUUAUCAGCUGCCAAAAUCUAAAAGAUCUUCAUACCUUUGGGCAUUCUAACCCUCUCGUUGAAGUCUACAUAAAGCACAACCACCAAGAAGAAUGAGUAAAACUGGGUCAAACUGAAAUGAUAGAGGCUACCCAAAAUCCAGAUUUUUUAACAAGCUUUAAAAUGAGUUUUACCUUUGAAGAACAAGUGUUUUUUUAUGCUUUUUUUCCUUAUAUAGCCCAUGCAGAAUACAUAUAAUUUUCUUAUAAAUAAGCAUUGAUUUAAUUAAAGUAAUUCCUAAUACGAUUUAAAGCUUAUGACAUCCAUCAUUCUCGUCAUGGACAAGCAGAAAUUCAUUAUAAUGAUUAUAUAGGAGAAAUUGAAUGCAAUUUAGGCCAAAUAGUAGGAAAUGUCAACAAAGAAAUAAAAAGAAACAUAAAAAAUCAUCAACAUGAUGAGUAUAGAGGAAGUAUUAUGAUAAGAGUAGAAGAAGUUAAAGAAAAUAAUGACAGGGUUUUUAUUCAGUUUGAGUCAGAAAAUUUGGAAAAUGUUUCAAGCUUUUUUGGGCAUUUGACACCUUUUUUCUAUCUUGGGCAAUAUAUGGAUAACGGGGAAAUCCAAAGAUUUUAUAUGUCUGAGGUCAGAACUGGAAAUGGGACAUGGAAAAUUGUCAAUAAAACUAUCCAUGAAUACUGUAACGGCGAUUUAAACAGAAAUAUUUUACUAGAAGUCUAUGAUCACCACCGAGGAGGUGACCAUAAAUUAAUAGGAGUCGCCCAUUUUACAUUACAAGGCAUUUUAUCAGGCCUUACCAGCGAUUUAAACUUACUAAAUCCGCAUGACAAAAGUAAGCAUUCUCAAGGAAAAUUUCUAAUAGGCAACGUCAGAAGGGCCAAAAUUCCAAGUUUUCUUGACUAUUUAUCAGGAGGGCUCGAAAUUACUGUAAAUUUUGCUAUUGAUUUUACAAGCUCAAAUGGAGACCCUUCAAGCCCUGAAUCUUUGCAUUAUCUCGACCCCCGCGGGCACAAUCACUAUGAGUCCGCCAUUUUUGCUAUCUCAGAAUUCCUAUUAAAUUACAAUAACAGUAAAUCAAUCCCUGUAUAUGGCUUUGGUGCCGAAAUAGAAGGGUCACUAAAUCAAUGUUUUCCCUUAACUUUUGACGCUGGAAAUCCUACAGCAAAUGGUGUAGAAGAACUUUUAAAUUCUUAUAGAAACGCUCUAUACCAAGUAUCACUCAGUGGGCCGACAUAUUUUAGCCCUAUUAUAAGAGAAGUUGUAAUAGAGGCUGAGAGGAUCCAUGAGUCCCAGCUGUGCCAAAGGUAUGAUUUAUUGGUCAUUUUGACUGAUGGGGAUCCUAAUGAUAUGCAAGAUACAAUUGAUUGGAUUGUAAGAGGAUCGUAUGCCCCUUUAUCAAUUGUUAUUGUAGGGAUUGGGAGUGAUUAUUUUGAAAAUGUAGAGGUUCUAGGAGCAGAUGAUAAGCAGCCGCUAAUAGAUAGUGAUGGGAGACAGGAGGAAAGAGAUAUAGUGGAGUUUAUUCAUUAUAGAGAAGUUGACCAUUCUCCUACAGCACUUUGUCAGGCAAUUCUUACUCCUCCCUCAGCACGAGAAUAAAACUAUUGAAAAAAUCCUUUGGUAAAAAUCAAUCCGUGAGCGAAAAAAAAUUUAUGAAAAAAUAUUUUUUGUAUAAGUGAUAAUUAUUGAAAUCUCAAGCAAAUUCUGUUUAGUUUUUAAACAAUUUGCAUUUUAAAACAUAAAAUUUUACAAAUUAAAUUAAUAUUUGCUUUAAAAUUAUUUCAAAUAGGGAAUUUUUUAAAUUUUGAAAAAAUAUUUACUAUAAAAUUUAAAUAUAAUUUUUGUUAAAAACAAUUAAUGAGCGGACAAAAUUUUUUGGUUCUGCCACUGAAGGGGGAGUUAGUAAAUUGCCUAAUGAAAUUGUAGCUUUCUUUCAUAAGAGAGGAAUAUUUCCUAAUGUCGAGAAUAAUAGUGCGAGAAAUAAAGAGAAAAGCGAAUCUCCUCAAGAAGCCCAUCACCACCAUCAUAGAAAUCAUCAAUAUAAAGUUGAUAAAUAA